UUACUGGGAAGCUAGCAUUUUUGCUUGUCAUGGAAUCAAGUCUAUUUGUUCGAAUGUUCUUUUUUUGGAAAAACCAACCACAAAAAAAGUCUCCCUUUCUCUUGGAGCAGAGCUUCAUCAUAAAAGUGGAGAGUCACAAUGAGAUUUAGUGGAAUGGAUAUGAAGGGUAUAAAUAUGCUAUUUGCUGCUAUUCCAUCUAUUUGUGCAUCAAGUCCGAAGAAGAUCUCAAUCUAUAAUGAAGAAAUGAUAGUAGCUCGUUGUUUUAUAGGCUUUCUCAUAUUAAGUCGGAAGAGUUUAGGUAAGACUUUCAAAGAAACUCUCGACGGGAGAAUCGAGUCUAUUCAGGAAUCAUUGCAGCAAUUCUUCAAUCCUAACGAAGUCAUUCUGGAGGAAUCCAAUGAACAACAACGAUUACUUAAUCUACGGAUCAGCUUGCGAAUUUGCAGCACCGUAAAAGUAGUAGAAUCAUUACCAGCGGCACGCUGUGCGCCUAAGUGCGAAAAGACAGUGCAAGCUUUGUUAUGCCGAAACCUAAAUGUCAAGUCAGCAACACUUCUAAAUGCCACUUCUUCCCGUCGCAUCCGUCUUCAGGACGAUAUAGUCACAGGUUUUCACUUUUCAGUGAGUGAAAGAUUAGUAUCCGGGUCUACAACUUUGGUAGAAGCUUCUACCGUAGAACAAAUUCGAGAGGCCUUCUUAUUAGAACCCAGAGACCUAAUUCGAGAAGGCUUUAUAGUCCUCAGAAAGGUGAGGGUGGGGGGUAUCCCCGGGACCUGUGGAGACGGGGUGGGCCUGUAGCUCUGAGGAUUAGAGCACGUGGCUACGAACCACGGUGUCGGGGGUUCGAAUCCACUUCUGAGCGGGCUGGCGGCUCCACCGGGAGCGAGCCUACUGAAGG